AGUUGCAUUUUGUACGCCCUGGGAAUAAGAUCAGUAAUUAAUUUAAUAAAGUGAACGCUUUAGGAGAUUCUUUUCCCCCCGAUAUAUAUAUAUAUAUAUAUAGUUAGUUGCAAAUUAAUAGGAUUUACACGGGAGUUAAGGAAAUAAUUAAUAAGAUAAAUUAUGGGCUUUAGCAUAAUCCCUUUCUGUAUUAUCUCAUCAAUUAUUUGUGCGUGUUUUGCUUCAGCUGCGCUAAAUGGAGCAACAGACACAGCACUUGCUCACGAUAUCCACACAACAACGACAACCCAGAGUCAUCCGAUUCUACGCUAUUUCUACGAUCCUCAUAUGACGCUGGAGGAGAGAUUGAGUAUUGAACGUGAAACAUGGCAUUGGUAUCCGUGGAAGAGAAUGCAAUUGCGCACUGGGGUUAAUGGUAGUCUCGAGGAGGAGACGUGUGAAGCCCCUUCAUCGAUUGAUGACUUCCCCGAAGAUUUGUUUACGCAAACCCAGAGACUACAGGGUGGUAUCUUGCUCCAUUUCCUAGCUACAAUUUAUUUCUUCACAUUCCUCGCAAUUGUCGUCGAUGACUACUUUUUGCCGUCCGUUGAGUGCAUUUGCGUGCAACUUAAGAUAUCAAAAGACGUCGCUGCGGCCACUUUCAUGGCAACAGCCACAACAAUGCCGGAAUUCUUUACAAAUUGCCUCGCUACGUUUCUCACAAAGUCCGACAUGGGUUUGGGAACGAUAAUUGGGUCAAUGCUCUUCAAUACAUUGGGCGUAGCUGCCCUAGCCAGCUUAGCUGCGAAGAAAGCCGUACAGUUAGAUUGGUGGCCACUUGUGCGGGAUUCUCUGCUCUACUGCAUCAACAUUGGCCUCUUGACGAUCAUUGUGUGGGAUGGAGAAAUCUCCUGGGCAGAAUCAAUGGUCCUUUUUAUUUUCUACUUUCUCUACUUUGCCAUUCUCUUCCUUGAUAAACGAAUAGCCCGAAUUGUUAAGUUUAUCAUUGAAGAAAAGCUACAUUGCUGCGCUAAAAGAGCUUCUCAUGAUUUAGAGCAGGAAAGCUCAGAAAAAGCUUCAGAAGCUGCUUCAGUAGAAGAAUACUCAGUGACACAGAGCAGUAGUGGUGUUAGCAAGGAGGUAGACAAGAUUUCAAUGGGGAAUCACGAAGAGCUCACGGAGAGUGGCAAGAGAUUGUGGAAAAUCCCUCGUGAUGCUUCAGCAAUUCAGACGAUUUGGUGGUUCUAUUCGUGGCCGAUAAAUUUUAUUUUGUCGAUUUGUGUGCCCAACCCACGCACCCACGCCAGAUUCUACCCCAUCACCUUCCUCAUGUGCAUCAUCCUAAUUGGCGCGAACUCCUACAUGAUCUACUUUAUGAUUUCCAUAAUUGGGCACACGUUCAGCAUCCCCGAAUCCGUGAUGGGGCUAACAUUUGUGGCGGCCGGUGGAUGCCUUCCAGAGGCAAUUUCGUGCAUCAUUACAAUACGCAGCGGUGAGGGAGGUAUGGGGGUGUCUAAUGCCCUAGGAGCUAACUCCCUCGCAAUUCUCCUCUCACUGGGCCUGCCGUGGUUCAUACGGAACACCGUUGAGCGGCAUCUUGGCCUCGCCGCCUCCAUAAACAUCCAUUCGUAUGGAAUUGAAAUUACCAUUGUAUCGCUCCUCUUGGCCGUUGGGGUGCUCUUUGUUGUAAUUGCCUUGGGGCACUAUGAGCUCAAACGAAACGUUGGUUUCUGCCUCUUUGCCAUCUACCUUGUGUUCAUUACAUUUGCCAUCCUCGUGGAAAUGGAUGUCUUCUUCCCAUCCGGCAACACAUGCUAAAAUCAAUUGGCAUUUAUUGUCGCGAUUCACCUCUUUUGUGAUAAGCUCCAAUAUGAUGUAUAUGUUUUGUUUUAAGUUUCUUUUGUAAUUCGUCAAAAUAAAUAUAUAUAAUACUA